AUGCCACAUUCUCUCAAUUUCCUCCACCCCCACAGUCCGUUCUUUCAUCUCUGGCUUUGUUCUCCCACCAUCAAUACACUUCACAAUUCUAUCAUCGGUUGUCCUUCAGACAUUAUAACGAAAAACAUGACAUCAUCGGUUCACAUAGCUGCCUCUCUCUAUAUACACUCUCUCAAUCUAUUCACAUAUCUCUCUCUCUCUCUCUCUUGUAUCCUAGCUGAGUUUGCCGACAUAUAUGUCUCUCUCUACUUUACCCUCUCUCAGUCUAUUCACAUAAAUCUCUCUCUCUCUCUCUAUUGCACCCUCUCUCAGUUGGUUCAUAUAACUGCCUCUAACACCCUCUAUUAUACACUCUCUCAAUCUGUCCAUAUAAAUCUCUCUCUCUCUCUCUCUCUGUCCCUUGUGUCCUACCUCAUCUAUUCACAUAAAUCUCUCUCUCUCUCUCUCUAUUGUACCCUCUCUCAGUUGGUUCAUAUAACUGCUUCUAACACCCUCUAUUAUAAACUCUCUCAAUCUGUCCAUAUAAAUCUCUCUCUCUCUCUCUGUCCCUUGUAUCCUACCUCAGUCUGUGGACAUAGCUGUCUCUCUUUACUGCACCAUCUCUCAAUUCCUUCGCUUCGCUCACAUAAUUGUCUGUCACUCACUCACUCACUCACUCACUCACUCACUCACUCACUCACUCACUCACUCACUCACUAUCUCCUUCUCUCUCUCAGUAUCCAUACAGCCAUCUCUCUUUCUCUGUUGUAUCUCUCAGUCUAUCCAUAUAUAAAUCUCUCUCCAUUGAACCCUAUUUCAGUCUAUCCACAUUGCACCAUCUCUCAGUUAGUUCACAUAACUCUUUCGCCCUCUAUUGCUAUCUCUUACACCCUCUCUCAGUCUAUUCACAUAUAUCUCUCUCUCGAUUGCACCCCCUUUCAGUCGCUACACAUAACUUGCUCUCUCUAUUAUAGACUCUCUCAAUCUAUUCACAUAAAUCUCUCUCUCUCUUGUCUCCUCUCUAAAUCUGUCGAUAUAGCUGUCUCUCUCUACUGCACCCUCUCUCUAUUCACACAUAUCUCUCUAUUGUAUCCUCUCUCAGUCAAUUCACAUAAAUCUCUCUCUCUAUUGCACCCUCUCUCAAUCGUCUAUCUACAUGACUGCAUCUCUCUCUCUCCCUCUAUCUCUCUUGCACCUUUUCUAAAUAAAUCUCUCUCUAUCUCUCUCCUGUGUCCUCUCUUAGUCUGUCGACAUAACUGGUUCACUUUGUCUAACCCGGUUAACAUAGUUGUCUCUCUAUGUAUCGUAGUGUUCACAUAG